AUGUCAGUAUUUGUUGUAGAAGGACCCAAUAGAAAGAAUAAUUCUAACAAGCCUUGGCGAGAACCACCUGAAUGGAGUGAUGAAGCUUAUAGCAAACUGAAGAAAUUGCUCGUCGACUACAAACCAAUGAGGGAGGCGAACGUAUCUGCAGCAAACAUUCUUCUGGUUGGUCAAAUUGGCGCGGGAAAAUCCAGCUUUUUCAACUCCGUCAACUCAAUUUUUCGGGGGAAAAUCACCAGUAAAGCUUCCAGUGGGAGCUUUGAACACAGUGUGACAACAGCAUUCCGAAAAUACAAAAUCAAAGAUUUCACCUCAGGAAAAUUCCUUAACUUUCGCUUGUGUGACACGAGAGGAUUUGAGGAUGAAUUUGAAAUUGAUUUACACGAAAUCUCCUUCAUCUUGGACGGGAAUAUCCCGGAUCAGUACCAGUUCAAUCCCAUGGUUCCAAUGACAUCAGAUAGCCCUAAAUUUAUGAAAGACCCGGAUCUACAGGAUAAAAUUCAUUGCGUGGCAAUAGUGGUAGAUGGAAGCACCGUCGAUGUUAUGCCUGAAAAAGUUCGUAAGCAGUUAAAAGAUCUGCAAGUCAUAUUAAAUCUCAGAAACCUGCCACAGGUUGUUCUGAUGACCAAACUCGACAAAGUAUGCCCGGAAGUGGAGGAAGACAUCUCAAACACGUUUGCAAGUGCAACUAUUUCUAAAGCCGUGAAGACAGUGGGAGAAAUUAUGGGUCUCCCACGUGGUCAUGUUUUUCCGGUAAAAAAUUUCGAAAAAGAGACUAAACUGAAUAUAGGUGCAGGUUUUCUUUUGAUGGACGCUCUAAAACAGUGUUUGGAUUUCGCAGAUGAUUUCAUGGAUGGGCAGCUCGACAAAAUGGAUUCCGAGGGGAAAAGGACAAGAGAAAAGACUGGGUACAUGUGUACUUUGUCUUAGAGACAAGGUUCUCAUUAUUAUCGUUAACAUUACAAAUUAUGAAGACCUUGACUGUACACAAGUUUCAGUUUGAAGGAGAUCGUUUUUACCCCUUUGAGAUGAUGGCUCACGAGAUCAUGCAGGUCAAUCAGAAUUUGAAUGCUCUAGAUCUUGAGAAAAAAUUGACAAUAUUUAAUGUUCAGGUCACAAACACCUGAAAAGCGUUCUUGUAAAUGAUAACUGUUCUUUCUGACCUAUGAGACAAGUUAAAUUUUGAGGCAAACAAAUUAACACUAACAAUACUCAUAAAAUGGCUGCUUAGGCAAAUAUUUCGAAAUAGCAUCGUGGUUUGUUAUAGGGAAACCAUUGUGAAGUACAAAGUUUCGAUGCCAAAUCCAUUGGUGUUUAGAAUACUCACAUUCUAAUACAUAAAUGCAUUUCAAUGUUCAUAUAUGUUCUGGUUCUACAGCUAUCAUAGGUUUUCUAGAAACCAGCCUGAAUCCUCACACUCUUACAAGUUCCGGUAUUUCAAACGGUUAAACAUUUGCCAUAUUUGAAUGCCUACAUUAUCUACUAGAAAGUCGAAUAAAAAUUUUAAAUUUGGAAACUUUUUAAUAGAAUAUUAACCAUACUAUAAUAUUCCUACACCUCACAAACCAUGCCAUGUUGUGAAUGGUUUUUGUAACCUUGAAAUCCAUAUAAAAUUUUUGAGAUAAAAGAAAAUUAAUACUUAAACUGAAUAGGUUUUAUGGACCAUAUAUGUACAUACACUUGUCAAUAAAUAUUCAUGUGAAUAAAAAUGUCAAUAAAUGAA